UAAUCCAGUUACCCGUCGUCGUCGUCAUCUUCUCCGGCUGAAAAAGCUUGGGACUUUCGGAGGAAUUUCAAUCCCAAACGGCCGCUGGCGGCGGCGGUGGGGCCAAGAAAGAUGAGUCGCUCCGCGCUCUCCCAUUUCCUCAUCCUCUCCAGUUCCUCUCCUCGCUUCACUUCACUGUCGAGCCGGGGAGCUUCCAGAGGGUUCUCCAGAGUCCCGCCCCUGGGGAGGCGAAGCUUUACUCCAAGUGGGCGCGACCCAAGACGUUUCCAGUGCUAUUGCAGUGUCUCGGUCUCUGAACCUGCGGAUUCGGAAACGACUUCCCCGAGCUCUGCGAGGAAGAGGAUAGUAUCCGGAGUUCAACCAACGGGAUCCAUCCACCUCGGGAACUAUCUUGGGGCCAUAAAAAACUGGAUUGCCCUUCAGAACUCAUAUGAGACCCUCUUUUUCAUUGUGGACCUUCAUGCGAUCACAUUACCGUAUGAGACGCAACAACUAGCUAAGGCAACAAGGGAUACAGCAGCAAUUUAUUUGGCAUGUGGAGUGGAUACCUCUAAGGCUUCUGUAUUUGUGCAAUCUCAUGUCCGUGCUCAUAUAGAGUUGAUGUGGUUGCUAAGUUCUGCAACACCAAUUGGUUGGCUAAAUAGAAUGAUCCAAUUCAAAGAGAAAUCUCGGAAGGCGGGUGAUGAAAAUGUUGGGGUGGCAUUAUUGACUUAUCCAGUUCUGAUGGCUUCCGACAUUCUUCUGUAUCAGUCGGACUUUGUCCCAGUGGGUGAGGAUCAGAAGCAGCAUCUUGAGUUGACCAGGGAACUAGCUCAGCGUGUUAAUAACUUAUAUGGAGGCAGAAAAUGGAAAAAAUUGGGAGGGAGAGGUGGUGCAAUUUUCAAGGUACCGGAUCCCCUCAUUCCACCCGCUGGGGCACGGAUUAUGUCACUGACGGAUGGUCUUUCCAAGAUGUCAAAAUCUGCACCUUCCGAUCAGUCGCGGAUCAAUCUUCUCGACUCAAAAGAUGCAAUUGCAAACAAGAUUAAGCGCUGCAAAACCGACUCAUAUUCUGGUUUGGAAUUUGACAAUCCCGAGAGACCUGAAUGCAACAAUCUUCUUUCAAUAUAUCAGCUCAUCUCAGGAAAGACAAAGGAGGAAGUGGUGCAGGAGUGCCUAGACAUGAACUGGGGCAUUUUCAAAAACCUAAUAACAGAUGCAUUGAUUGACCACCUCCACCCAAUUCAGGUUCGGUAUGAGGAAAUCAUAUCCGAUCCAGCAUAUCUGGAUGGUGUCCUGGCCGAAGGUGCUGCAAGAGCCACGGAGAUAGCUGACGCUACUCUCAACAAUGUCUAUCAGGCGAUGGGAUUCCUCCGGAGAUGAGAAUAGGUGGAUGCACCAACUCAAAUCGGCACAAAAAAGAUUUCAGUUCCGUGGAAGCUCACUUUUGGUCAUUCCAUUCGUGCCUCAGUACACCCUUGCCUGCUCACUCUAAAAUUGUCCACUCAAGCAUGCCCUGGGAGAGCAAAAGCUAAUUUUGCCUUGGGCAUGUAGUAAUUCUUUCAUGAUCUUUUGGUUCAUGUAUCAUUCUUGCAGAAUAGCAUUCAUGAGACACUGUGGGCCUCAAUGAUUGAGCAACCGCGGUAUCAGGGUGUUAUUUAUUCUAAUUCUUGAGUUUUUAACGUGUGUAUUGACCUUUGCCCGAAUGAUGAUGAAUAUAGUAGCAAGAAGAAAUGCCGGAUUAUUACAUUCA